CUGACCCGAACUUCUCGCUGUUCUCAGGUAUGAAAAUGUUGAUUGCUCUGCCCUUUCGUAAUUUUAUUCUAGUCGCCCGUCGAUCUGUAGGAAAAGCCUUGCGAUCGUAAUAUAGCUGCCGAAUUUCAUGAUUGAUUUGCUUUCGAGGGUGUUGUGAAGAUUGAAAUGACAGUUGGUAAAGCUUGAUUUGUUUGGAAAAGUGUGAAGGCUCAGUCGGUAUAGUUUUUCAGAUUUAGUGAAGAACAGCAGUAUGGUGUGGUUUCGAGCUGGAUCUAAUGCGGCAAGGCUUGCUGUCAGGCGAUCUUUGUCGCAAACUAGUCAUGUGUCACGAAAAUUGAUCAAUCCUGUUCAAAAACAUAACUUCCAUAGCACAGUGUUUAGGUCGAAGGCUCAGUCUGCACCUGUGCCUCGUCCUGUUCCAUUAUCCAGGUUGACUGACAGCUUUUUGGAUGGGACGAGCAGUGUGUAUCUUGAAGAGCUGCAGAGAGCCUGGGAGCAAGACCCCAACAGUGUGGAUGAAUCAUGGGACAAUUUUUUCAGAAACUUUGUUGGGCAGGCUUCAACAUCUCCUGGAAUUUCUGGCCAGACAAUUCAAGAGAGUAUGAGGUUGAUGUUGCUUGUGAGAGCUUAUCAAGUUUAUGGUCACAUGAAAGCCAAGAUAGAUCCAUUGGGUUUGGAACAGGGGCCCAUUCCUGAUGAUCUUGAUCCAGCAAAUUAUGGGUUUUCGGAAGCUGAUCUGGAUAGAGAAUUUUUCAUUGGUGUUUGGAGAAUGUCUGGGUUCUUGUCUGAGAACCGUCCUGUGCAAACAUUGAGGGCUAUAUUGACAAGAUUAGAACAAGCUUAUUGUGGAAAUAUUGGAUAUGAGUUCAUGCAUAUAGCUGAUCGUGAAAAGUGUAACUGGCUGCGAGACAAAAUUGAAACACCCACGCCAACUCAAUAUAGUAGAGACCGACGUGAGGUUAUCCUUGACAGGCUUAUUUGGAGUACCCAGUUUGAGAACUUCUUGGCUGCCAAAUGGACUGCUGCCAAAAGGUUUGGGCUUGAAGGCUGUGAGACAUUGAUACCUGGUAUGAAGGAGAUGUUUGAUAGGUCAGCUGAUCUUGGAGUAGAGAGUAUAGUUAUUGGGAUGUCACACCGUGGAAGGCUGAAUGUUUUGGGAAAUGUUGUCCGGAAACCUCUGCGGCAGAUAUUUAGUGAGUUUAGUGGCGGUACAAAACCUGUAGAUGAGGUCGGGCUUUACACUGGAACUGGUGAUGUCAAAUAUCAUCUUGGAACUUCUUAUGAUCGACCAACAAGGGGCGGCAAGAGAAUUCAUUUGUCAUUGGUUGCGAAUCCUAGUCACUUGGAAGCAGUUGACCCUGUUGUGGUUGGGAAAACUAGAGCCAAACAAUAUUACUCCAAUGACAUUGACCGAACAAAAAACAUGGGUGUUCUAAUUCAUGGUGAUGGUAGCUUUGCUGGUCAAGGUGUUGUUUACGAGACCCUGCAUCUUAGUGCUCUACCAAAUUACACUACUGGUGGAACCAUUCACAUAGUUGUGAAUAAUCAAGUGGCUUUCACUACUGACCCAAGAUCUGGAAGAUCGUCCCAAUACUGUACUGAUGUCGCUAAAGCUCUGAGCGCUCCUAUUUUCCAUGUCAACGGUGAUGAUGUGGAAGCAGUUGUUUAUGCCUGUGAACUUGCAGCAGAGUGGCGUCAGAUUUUCCAUACUGAUGUUGUGGUUGACAUUGUCUGCUACCGCCGAUUUGGACACAAUGAAAUUGAUGAGCCAUCCUUCACUCAACCCAAAAUGUACAAGGUCAUUAAGAGUCAUCCUUCAGCACUUGAAAUUUACCAGAAUAAACUUCAGGAAUCCGGUGAGGUCAAGAAAGAAGAAAUUGAUAGGAUGAACAAAAAAGUUUCUACUAUUCUCAAUGAAGAAUUUGUGGGCAGCAAAGACUAUGUACCUAAAAGAAGGGACUGGCUUUCAGCUUACUGGGCUGGUUUCAAGUCUCCCGAACAACUUUCACGAAUUCGUAACACAGGGGUCAAACCAGAGAUUUUGAAGAAUGUUGGCAAGGCAAUCACAACUCUUCCUGAAACGUUCAAGCCCCACAGAGCUGUCAAGAGAAUUUUUGAAGACCGUGCAAAGAUGAUUGAGUCAGGGGAAGGAAUUGACUGGGCAUUGGGUGAAGCACUUGCCUUUGCAACGUUGCUUGUUGAGGGAAAUCAUGUGAGAUUGAGUGGGCAGGAUGUUGAGCGAGGUACUUUCAGCCACAGGCAUGCUAUUCUUCAUGAUCAAGAAAGUGGGGAAAUAUACUGCCCCUUGGAUCAUGUUAUGCUCAACCAAAAUGAAGAAAUGUUUACCGUGAGCAACAGCUCCCUCUCGGAGUUUGGGGUUUUGGGAUUUGAAUUAGGUUAUUCAAUGGAAAACCCUAAUUCUCUGGUUCUCUGGGAAGCUCAGUUUGGUGAUUUUGCCAAUGGAGCUCAGGUGAUAUUUGACCAGUUUCUGAGCAGUGGUGAAUCCAAAUGGCUCCGUCAAACUGGAUUGGUUGUCCUCCUACCUCAUGGAUAUGAUGGUCAAGGCCCAGAGCACUCAAGUGCACGUUUGGAGCGUUACCUUCAGAUGAGUGAUGAUAAUCCAUAUCUUAUCCCUGAGAUGGAGCCAACCCUGAGGAAGCAGAUUCAAGAAUGCAACUGGCAAGUGGUGAAUGUGACUACACCUGCAAACUAUUUCCAUGUCUUGCGACGUCAGUUGCAUAGGGAAUUCCGUAAACCUCUCAUCGUGAUGGCGCCAAAGAACUUGCUUCGCCACAAGGACUGCAAAUCAAACUUAUCUGAGUUUGACGACGUCGAAGGCCACCCAGGCUUCGACAAACAAGGAACCAGAUUCAAACGCCUCAUCAAGGAUCAAAACUUUCACUCGGAUCUCGAAGAGGGCAUUCGACGACUCGUCCUAUGCUCCGGAAAAGUUUAUUACGAGCUCGACGAUGAGAGGAAAAAAGCCGGCGCAAAGGAUGUCGCAAUUUGCAGGAUGGAGCAGCUCUGCCCCUUCCCAUACGACCUCGUCCAGCGCGAGCUGAAACGCUACCCAAAUGCCGAGGUGGUCUGGUGCCAGGAGGAGCCGAUGAACAUGGGUGCGUACAGCUACAUCCUACCCCGUCUCGGCACUGCAAUGAAAUCAGUGUCGAGAGGCUCUGUGGAGGACGUCAAGUACUCGGGACGACCUCCGUCUGCCGCCACUGCCACCGGAUUCUACCAAGUUCACGUCAAAGAGCAAAACGAACUCGUCCAGAAAGCCCUGCAACCCGAUCCGAUCGUUCCGUGAGAUCGAAUCGACCUCGUAACGGUUAGUCUUUUCCUUUCUUGUCUUUGGAGCUGUCUUGAAGUGUUUUUGUGGUAAUAAAGAGAAUGUUUUGCAUGACAUUGAAGACAUCGUAUGGCUAAAAUUUUGAUGUCUCAAGAGUAAUUUUUCUUUCCUUUCUGAGAAAAAACAGUGGUGUUUUUAUUUCAAUAUUCAUCUUGAUUUUGUAUAAUCUCUCCAUACCGAUAUGUACUCCCUUGUAAUAAGAAAACAAUUACUUA